GAUUUGAACUCAGGACCUCUGGAAGAGCAGUCGGUGCUCUUAACCACUGAGCCAUCUCCCCAGCCCCUAAGUUUUAACAUUACAUUUCCAUUGGCUUUGGAAUAUGCCCCAAAGAGCAUUGGCAUCUCCUUUCCUGUCCAGGUGACGACACCUAAACAUUGGUUAAUCUAUUCUUUUAAAUGUCAGCAGAAAUAAGUUGGCAUUUUUGUAGGAAUUUUCCCCCACAUUUUUUUUUUAAUUUGGAAAAAGUACCAAAUCAGAAGAAGAUGGUUUAAUGGGUAACGUGCUUAUCACAGCCUGAGGGCCUGUGUGAGUGGGUUCUGGUCCUCAGCAUCCAAGUAAGAAGCUAGACAUGGUAGCAUAGGCUAGCACGGAGGCCAGAGGAUUCCUGGGGCUUAUGGGCCAGCUAGUCUAGCCGCACUGGUGAGCACCAGGUUCAGAGAAAGACCCUGCCUCAAAACAUAAAGUAGAGAGUUUUGACCCGGUGUCAGUUGACCUAUGCUUUCCACACACACGGGCAUGCAUAUGCACACACGUGCAUCAGGUCUUCACACAGCUGAAAUAAUAUGAGCCCUCGCUGAACCAUUGGUGUUUUUGUUGUAUUUGUGCUCGUGUAUGAGAAUUCACUCCAUUUCCAGACAGACACAUGAACUUGUAGAUGGAUGUGAACUUAUAAGUGUGUGCACAUCUGUGUAUAUGUAUGUGUGCUUGCUUUAGGUAAAAGUAAGCCACAGCUGUUCCUUGGUAUAUACACUAAGACAUUUAGGAAAUUUUAUUCUGAAGUAGAUUCUUCUCUCUAUAGCCCAGGCUGGCCUCCGACUAGAGAUUCUCCUGCUUCAACCUCCCACGCCCACCCCCCACCUCCAGUUCCACAGACUGGCUUUUGCGAUAUGGGUUCUGGGGAACUGAACUCACGUUUUCUUGCUUGCAAGACAGGCACCUUGCCAACUGAGCCAUCUGCACAGCCCAGUUCUGAUUUUAUUUUUGAGAUUACAGGUCCAUUGGUGAUCUUACAUCUGGACAUUUUCUGCAAAAGCUUUGACCAAUGUUUUCUCUUUCUCUUGCAUGUUCUGGUUCACCCGCCUCGUGUGGUGAUUGGUGAGAACAGAAAGUUCUACUACAUCACCCUGCUGCGAGACCCUGUAUCCCGCUACCUGAGUGAAUGGCGACAUGUACAGCGUGGGGCCACGUGGAAGACCUCCUUGCACAUGUGUGACGGGCGCACACCGACCCCAGAGGAGCUGCCACCCUGCUACGAGGGCACAGACUGGUCGGGCUGCACAUUGCAGGAGUUCAUGGAUUGCCCCUACAACCUGGCCAACAACCGGCAGGUGCGCAUGCUGGCUGACCUCAGCCUGGUGGGCUGCUACAACCUGUCUUUCAUCCCCGAGAGCAAGCGGGCCCAGCUGCUGCUGGAGAGCGCCAAGAAGAACCUGCGCGGCAUGGCCUUCUUCGGCCUCACGGAGUUCCAGCGCAAGACGCAGUACCUAUUUGAGCGGACGUUCAACCUCAAGUUCAUCCGGCCCUUCAUGCAGUACAACAGCACGCGGGCGGGCGGUGUGGAGGUGGAUGAGGACACUAUCCGGCACAUCGAGGAGCUCAACGACCUGGACAUGCAGCUUUAUGACUAUGCCAAGGACCUCUUCCAGCAGCGUUACCAGUACAAGAGACAGCUGGAGCGCAGGGAGCAGCGCCUGCGCAAUCGCGAAGAGCGCCUCCUGCAUCGCUCCAAGGAAGCGCUGCCACGGGAGGACACGGAAGAGCCAGGCCGAGUACCCACCGAGGACUACAUGAGCCAUAUCAUUGAGAAGUGGUAGUAAUGUCAGGGGCAGAGAAUGAUGGGCAAGAAUUAACAGGGAAAGAAGUGGGGCCAACAGUUCUUGCUGUUUGGUGCCGCGGGAACCGUGCUAGUAGGCUGCCCUAGACCUUGAUGGAGCAGGGUAGGACCUCUGGGGCAGAUGGCCUCCCUGCUGUCCUGGCCCCUGUGUCACAGUUAAAACUGACAAAGAUUUGAAAAAGACUGGCGAGGGGACGUGUCUGCCCAGCUGAGACUCCCACACCUACUAUGCACGCACCGGCCCCCAAUGACCAGCCCGCUAGGAACAUGUUACUAGCUCCUAAUAGCUUGGUUGAAGCUCCUUGGUCUUUGGGGACCCUAAUACCCCCAGAACCUUGGGGAGCCUUUUCUUUUGAGAAUACAAGCAUAUCUCUGAGGCGUCCUCAGACCUGGAGUGCUCCCCAACCCCCACCUAUCAAAGCUGCUUUCAAGGUCAGGGUCAGCCCCAGCUAUGGCCGAGAUGACUCAAGUCUGGCACCUGGCUACUGCACUCCCUGGGCCAUGAUCAGAAUCCACGGCAUAUCCUGGCUUUGGGGGAACCAGGUUCAAGCAGGGAAGGGAUGGACACCAAGAAUGCCCCCCCACCAAUCCCUAUGCUUUCUGAUGCACUGCCCCUCCCCCAUCACUGAAACAUUUAUACAAGGGCUUGUGUGCCAAUGUUCCUACCAUACCAGCAACUCUUUCAAUCCCAUGCAUAAAAGCAUCCUUUGGCUGGGAUACAGGGCCACAUCAACCUGAGUUGGUACUGAAUGGCCGGGAUGGGGAUUUUCCCAUUCUCAGCUAAGAUUGGAAGAAACCAUUCUGGAUGUCCUUUCUGGGGCCUGUUUGCAUAACCCUCCCCAUCCUGGCUCUCCUUACACCUUCCUACCCUUCACAAAGUCUGACCCAGCUAUUUCCAGCAGCCCCGUGAACCAACCAGGGACCGUAUUAGAAGCCAUGUUGCAUAUUAUAUUAAGUUCUUUUUUUUUUUUUUUUUUUUUUUUUUUGGCCUAGUGCCCUAUCCCUUACGUUCUUUAAGAGGCCCUGGCAAGCCCUUAGUGGAGGUGCCAUGACUUUUUCAGAGUCCAUAUGCAUGCAGCCAAGGGUUGUGAGCUGUCCCUGAGAUAGGACAGGGCCCACUCCCUGCCUCUGCCUCACUCUGCACUCAGGCUAAGAAGGGGAGGGUCACCACAGACAGGAGUGGGGGCCAUUAUGUAGCACAGCAAUAUUCUAGAUGUUGGCAGGUGUCACUGCUGCCCCAGAGCAAUGGCUUAAUCUUCACGUGUGUGGUAUAGGAUCAGGCACUGGGCACUUGACCUUGGGGUCCAUGGGCAAGAUGAGUUCUGAUUGUGCACUGUCCGGCCCAAUCUAGGGCCACCUUUAUGGUGGUUGAUCACUCUGAAGAUAUGGGUGGCAAGAUGAGUUAGAAGGUCAAGGUCACUGAGAAGAAUUGGCUUAGAUGGCCAAGUUUAGAGUGAAUAUAUUAUCUUUGGGGAGCCUGGGGCAUUUUGGGGAACCCAUGGAUCUCUUACAGGUCAUGCUGGUUGCUGCCACUUCUGUCAGGAAGCGCCCCAGCUCCACGUUACCCCUCCCCCCUUCACAACCUUCUGUGUACCCGACCUGAACAUAGGCUCUGUCCUAUACAUACUGGAAUAGGUUUUAACGUAUGCCCCGUCAUCCUGACUCACACAGAAGCACGGGUCUCUCCUCAAUCUUUGCUGCAUUUGAAAAAAUAUUCCCUCCCAUCUCAGGCCAGCGCCAGGUUGAAGCGUCCUCAGUCCCUCAAUUGUCCACCCCUGCCUGAGGCUCAGGCUACCAGCUUUGGGACACAGCUUCCUGGUACUCGCGGCAUCUCAGAACAGGGUGCUUCUCCAGCUCCGAGGACUCUGCCUACAGGGCUGUUCCCCGGCAAGCCGAGAACUCAGUCCCCAGGCACCCUGCAACCCUGCAGACACCCCCUCCUAGAAUGGGAAGCAGGGAACCUGCCCAGCUGACGCGUCUGAACUGGAACUGUCUCACUUGAACCCAGGAGCUUUAAAACUUUAUUUAUUUAUAGCUUCUUAUUAAAAAAUUUAAAAAAAAAAAGCGCUGAGAAGGAAUCGUUUUGGUUAUUCAUACGGAAUUGAUCAUGGAAAAGCAAAACUGGUUGGUUGUCUUCUAAUUGUCUUCGCCUAGAUGGAGUCUGAACAUUAGCGGAUGAAUAAACCCUGAAAAGGUCA